CUUAGAAAACGCGCCUGUCGACUGCAUUGUAACACGCGAUUUCUCUUCGGCAAACCUCCGGAGCGAAGCUAGGGCACGUCGUCCUCGCCGCGAACCUUCCUCCUCGCAUUUUCUUUGGCUUUACCUCGGCGUGUCCUCCUCGCUCUUAGCUCCUCGCGCCCCUCACCUCCCUCGGCCGCGAAGCGUCCAACUCCUCGUGAUUUAGAAACGGGCGAUCUCUCUCGGCAAACCUCCGGAGCGAAGCUAGGGCACGCCGCCCUCGCCCCUCCAGUGUUUCUCGUUCUCACAUCCUCGCCCGGCCACGAAGCUUCCAGAUCGUGCCCCUCACCGCCCCAUUGUUCUCGCAGCCGCCUCUAGCCGCCGCAACCCCUCUCUUAGGGAGUCUUGGACAUUCACCAGAUUCAUAGAUUGGAUCACUCAACCAGAUUGUCAGAAAUCCAGGUGAAGAUGCAGAUACGGGUAAAGUGUGGUUGUGGUGAUGGAAAAUGCCUUGACUGGGCUAUCAUUGAGCUCCAAGGAGUUGUUGAAUCUCAGUCUACAUGUGCUGGUCAGAUCAAUGGUCUAGAAAUUGGACGUCUCUGUUGCUCAUCAUCUUCCUCUCAGACAAACUAUACCUUCACUGUGGGUUACCAUGAACUCUCUGGCACAAGGGUAGAGUUGAAAAAACCUCUAUUAGUUUUACAGAAAAAGGUGGCAACAAGUUCGACAAUGCUGCCUCAGUUUUCUGAUUCCCCACCAGUAGAAUUAGAAGUCAUUGGAAUUAUACGCCAGAAGAUCCUAUUCAAGAAUAGGCCAAAAGCUUUGACGUCAAGGACACAGUCAAAGGAAAAGAGAACUUAGUAAUAACCUCUUCUAUCACAGUGGCACAACGUUCAGGUAUUUCACCAUCGCAGAAGAUGAUAAUGGCUUGAACAGUGGAGUUUUCUAUUGCAAGAUUAAUCCAGACCUUUUUGAUAGAAACAAAAGAAAUUGAGUGAUUUCGAUGGCUUUAUUUCUUCUUUUAUUUGUUUGGUGGUCGGUGGUCGUAAAAAGAUACGUGCCUACCAUAUUGCUGUAAUCUGAGCACCUGCUAGCGAUCAGGUUUGUGAUUGUAAGUUCCCUUCGACUUACCUACUCCAGUUAAUUCAUAGUGAUCCAACCUUUGUAUUUAUUUUUUA